AUGCAAACGAUCGAACAGCCCGCCCCCGCUACGCCACACACCUCUGAACGUCGGAAGACGUCUGCAGCCGAGGUCGGCGCCCAGACGCCCUGCCCAAGUUCCACCGAUUUGGGCAGUCACUCGGCUCCGGCGUUGGCGACCAGCACUUCCGGUGACGUCUCUCCGCCAAACCCGAAUCGAAGCCACAAUUCUUCGGCU